CCGUCAUGCCCCGCGCGCAUCCCUAGCUGGGCCAAGCAGCACGGUUGAGAUGUUGGUGGCUGCAGCUGCGGAAAGAAACAAGGAGCCUAUCCUGUGCGUGCUCCGCCAGUACGUGGAUCCUGCCCAGCAUGGCGUCCGCGUGCUGGAGGUGGCCUCGGGUUCCGGACAGCAUGCCGCGCAUUUUGCACAAGCCUUCCCGCACGCCGAGUGGCAGCCGUCGGACGUGGACCAGCGCUGUCUGGACAGCAUUGUCGCCACCACUCAAGCCCAAGGAUUGUCCAAUGUGAAGGCUCCGCUGUACCUGGACGUGACCUGGGACUGGGAGCAAUGGGGCGGGAUUCCGCCGCGAUCGCUGGACCUGUUGCUCUGCAUCAAUAUGAUCCACAUCAGCCCCCAGAAAUGCACUGAGGGGCUCUUCAGAGCAGCAGGACACCUGCUAAAAACCAGGGCUGUACUGAUCACCUACGGGCCCUUUGCAGUCAAUGGGAAUAUCUUUCCCCAGAGCAACGUGGACUUUGACCUUUCCCUCAGAUGCAGGAACCCAGAGUGGGGGCUCCGUGACACAGCCCUCCUGGAGGAACUAGGCCAGGCCAGUGGCUUGGUCCUGGAGAGGAUGGUGGACAUGCCAGCCAACAACAAGUGCCUGAUUUUCCGGAAAGAAUAGCCUACCUUUCUACCUCCCCUGGAACCUGCAUCUCUGUCGAAGGCUCUGUCAUGGUACAAACUAGACCUUGGCUCCUCCCUCAAUGGGGCAGUCCUUUGGGAUUAAUUA